AAACUCCAGGCUAUGGUGAUUGCCAGGCAGGAGUCCGCUCUCGAAUCCCUAAAUGCAGGAAAAGGCCCGGCACCGAUGGAUGACCAUGAUGUUGAAAGUGCUCUGAUCAGACUGCAAGAGAGCAUCCGCUCCUGGGCCAGAAAGUAUGCAAUGCCAAGUGUGGAAAAGCUAGAAGGCGUGUUGGAAUCAGACCUAGAUCUGGUUGUUGACGACCUAGGUGACUACUGCAGCGAAGUCACAUGGUCUUCCUUGGUCAGCAAGUUGCCUAUCUCAGUUGACAAGAUUCCAGCAAUUCUAGUGCAAGCCGCAUUAGCCAACGUCGUGUUUGAAUGGAUAUUCGGGGACCCGUUUGUUCUCUUCAGGCAAAUCGAACAUGCUAAUUCUAACUCCCUGUGUGGCGGUUUGACCAAGAUUUAUGAUCAAAUGAAACUAGUAGUCGACGAGGUGGAAAGCCAUGCUUGGCGCUCGCAGAUGUUGCGAGUGCUCUGCGUAACUUCGGACCAAGGCGCGCAGUCAUUCCUACACGGCCAAGUUGAGAGUUUCAGUAGUGAACUCGCACAGUACUUCUUAGACAGUCCUGCUCGUGCUCUACUAGAACGGCCCGGGAGUCCUCUUGCGCUUGACCAUCGUGAGAAGGAACUUGAGAAUGUGCUUUCAGGAGCAGCUAAUCUGGCUCUAUCUCUCUGGACCCAGCGCACAAACAUGAUCUGUUACAAUCUCUACCAGUUACAGAACUUCUGGAACGGAGAUCCCAUUGCUGAAGCGCAUCGUCUUCACCAUCUGGAUGACGACGAUAAACGCCUGGAUGGCACUAAUAUCGUGCUAUUUGUGCAGCCUGCUGUAGUAGCCUUUGGGUCUGUGCAUGGCGAGCAUUACGAUGAGUCAAAGGUAUGGGCUGCAGCAACUGUGUUAGUCGAU